AUGCCCGACAAAAACGUGACCACGAUUUCCUACGCCGCCGGCGCAUCUUUGGCUGCCAUUGCCCUUGUCUACGUCUUUGCGCCUACAUUUACAAUCGACGAGUCCAGCACCUCAUCGUCACGUAGGAAAGGCGUCGUCGGCUUGCGCAAUGCUGCAAAUGAUUGCUUCAUCAACUCGACCCUGCAGGCCCUCGCGGGUCUCGGCGAGCUGCGCAUGUACCUAAUUCGCGAGACUCACCGCCGAAAUAUUGACGAUGAAGGCGUAUACUCCCAAUUGGUUCAGCCGCCCGGCAAGAGCUACCCGGAAUGGAAGAUUGAGGGCAUGCAACGCGGUCUGGUAACACAAGGACUGAAGGAUAUGCUUGAUUCACUCAACGAAAGGCCCAUCUACAAGAAAUCAAUCUCUGCGAUUGAAUUCGUGAGAGUACUUGAGACGGCAUUUAGGCAGCGCAUUAGUCGCCAGCAGCAAGAUGCCCAGGAAUUUCUCCAAAUAGUGGCCGAGAGACUUAAGGAAGAGUACCACGCCGGCGAGAGAGCACGUACCCACGCAAGAUUGGAAGCCUCACGAGCUACCUCGGUAGGUGCUUCUGUCAAUGGCGACGCAGUGCAGGAAAAGCUGGAAAGGCUCAACCUGGCCAACGGCAAUGGCGAUGAGUCCUCCUCAGCAUUGCCUACACCAACAGUACCCAAGAUACAGACCAAUGGCAUACAUGCGCCUCUGGACGAAGACGAAGGCUUUCCCAUGGAAGGGAAAUACGAAUCCCAAUCCGAAUGUCAGACCUGCGGCCACAAGACGAAGCCAAGAGAGGAGUCCUUCUACAUGCUGACGUUGAAUGUGCCCCAAGUCAGCUCCACCACUCUCAGCUCAUGCUUUGACGAAAUCUUCAAGACGGAAAUGAUUGAAGACUUCAAGUGCGAGAGAUGCCGACUGAUUCAUGCCGAAGAAUCCCUCAAGAGCGAUCUAGCAAACGCACAGAACGAGACUGAGAGGACCGCACUCGAGGAGGCAGUGCGCAAGUUGCGCCAUGCAAUUGACUUUGAUCCGGAACAUGUCCCUGAGGAUGUGCUCCUCCCGAACAUUGCCAAUGCGCCCAAGCGUAAAAUCGCACGGUCGACGCGCCUCACGUCCUUCCCCCGCAUCCUUGCCGUCCAUCUUUCGCGGUCCAUCUAUGACCAAACGUCGACCAAGAACUCGGCCAAAGUUGCCUUUCCAGAGCGAUUGCCUCUUGGUGGCUUGCGCGAUCGUCGCAACUACAAAUUGUUGGGUCUCGUUACCCACAAGGGAAGCCAUCAUAGUGGACACUACGAAUCGUUCAGACGACAGAAUACGUAUGCUCCGUAUUCUAAUCAGAAUACCUUCCAGCCAUCAGGCAUCUACAGCAAAACGGCGAGUCCCGCCGCCACCCCACAGCCAUCGACACCGCAACUCGAUGCCAUUGCUCGGGGAGUCAGUCCCGCCGUAUCGACACCCGACCUUCUGACGCCGAGCUCCGAGACGGCUUCCUCUACCCGAUCACUAUCAUCAUCCGACGCUUCGCCGAAGGACCGAGUAAGGAAGAGAAUUAGUCCGACAUCUGCUCCACGCGACAGGCAGAGAGAGCCCGAUUCGGCUAGCAUCCGAUCUGUACGGUCACUUACUGCCUCGGCGAAGAGCACCGUUUCAAAGAUUUCACAAAAGGUCAAUGGAAACAGCACACUGGGAAGCAGUCCGCCUCACUCCACACCAAUGGCCGUAGUGCCUCGGCCUCCUGUCCACAAGUCCCGCAAGAAGCAGCCCGCUGAUCGCUGGUGGCGCAUCAGCGACGAGAAGGUCCGCGAAGCCAAGACGGCCGAGGUCCUCGAUCUUCGACGUGAGGUCUACUUGCUAUUCUACGAGCUCGAGAGGGAUGACAGCCCGUAG